AAAAUUAAAAAAAAACAGUGCCCCAUUCAUUCAAACCUCAAAAGACGCAAAUUUUCGAGGAGAGAGAAAACAGCAAAAAGCCUCUCCUUUUCCUCAACAUCUCCACUUCUCCAUCUCACAAACACAAACAUUCCCCCACCAUCUUCAUCAAAAUCCCAGUUUUCCACCCCACAAAAAAUCAAUCAAACCCAGAAAAAAAUGGGCAAAGAUUUGAGCGAUGAUCAAGUAAGUUCCAUGAAAGAAGCAUUCACCCUUUUCGACACAGACAACGAUGGCAAAAUCGCACCAUCUGAGCUCGGAAUUCUGAUGCGUUCAUUGGGUGGAAAUCCAACACAAGCCCAGCUCAAAGAAAUCAUUUCCCAGGAAAAAUUAACAGCAGCUUUUGAUUUCAACAGGUUCUUAGAUCUAAUGUCUAAAUACCUCAAACCUGAACCUUUUGAUCGUCAACUUAGGGAUGCAUUCAAAGUGCUUGAUAAGGAGGGAACUGGGUUUGUUGCUGUUUCGGAUCUGAGGCAUAUUCUUACUAGUAUUGGUGAAAAACUUGAGCCUGCUGAGUUUGAUGAAUGGAUUCGUGAGGUUGAGGUUGGAUCUGAUGGUCGAAUUAAGUAUGAGGAUUUCAUCGCUAGGAUGGUUGCUAAAUGAGCUCUUUCUCUCUCAUUGGCGACCCUUGGAAUCUCUGGUUUCUGUUUUGUCGAAGGGGUGGCAAGCCUAUAUUUUCCUUGCCUUGUAUGGUUCUUGGACUCAAGUUCAAGUAGUGUGCUACCUCUAGCUUAUUUUCUCUCUUCUAAACAGUUAAAUUUUAGUUUAUUUUUCACCCUUUAUAUUGUUAAUUUAAGGUUUGUGUUUGGCUGACAAAUUGUGCUUGUAUUUGGAAGAAUCACGAUUUGUCUCUAAUUAUCAUUUGAUGAUGUUUCUCAUGUCCUUUGGCGAUCUACUUUAUAAUUAUCUUGUGUGUAGCCCUUGAUGUAAAAAGCCAAAAAAAAAAAAAAAAAAAAAAAAAAAAAAAAGCAUUUCAAACAUUGUUCGAUUGUCA